ACGUAGGGAGUAUGCAGGGAGGAAUACACAAGAGGAUAGGAAAAGGCGCAGCCGACUAUCAACAUCUAACCUUAAAACAAACUUUAAGAUUUUUAGAUUUGUUUGUGCAGAAGGGGAUGAGGAGGAGUUUGGGAGUAUUGUUUAGGUUACGAGGAACAUCAUCCUUAAUUACUUCUCCGGCAACAGCAAACAGCAGCAAUAUGAGUAGAAACAUCAUGUCUGUGCCGACCUAUCGCUUUGGAGAAAAUGCUGCUAAAUAUAUAGAAGAAGCACGCCUAAAAGGGGAGAUUCCAAAAUCUAAUUGUAGGAAUGCAGACCAGGAUCCUGACAAUCAAUUCGUACAAAAAGGGGAUACUAUUGAUCUUAAUGACCUUCUCUUUACCAAAGAAAGGGAUUACCUCAUCAAAAAUAACAAUCAACAGGUCAAGGCUGAGCAGUUGGAAGGCAGGGUUAUUGCUCUUUAUUUUUUGCAAUUGCCACACUGCAAUUCUGAUUAUAACAUUACAAAGUGGGAUACGACAUUUGUAAUGGAUGUAUACAAAGAUUUACGGCCAUACAAUAAUUUUGAGGUCGUGUUGGUUCCCGUAAGUGGAAAUAGCUCAUUCAAAUUUCCAAGUGAAUUACAUCCAGUUGGUCAGCAACAUUUCGAUAUUCUCUUUUCUGACAUGCCUUGGACUGCCAUCCCAUUUUCCGAUGUGGCAUCCAGAGAACUCUUGCAAAGAAUCUUUGGUUUGUCCCGGCGACAUAUUACCUCACACUACAUGCUUGCCAUUGUUGAUCCCAGUGGCAAGAUUCUGCAGUGUGAUGCUUGGAAUCUUCUUUUCGAGUUUGGAGCCUCAAGUUAUCCAUUUAGUGACGAAAAGAUAGAAAGUCUGAGAGAAGAAGAUGUAGCUAUCAUUAAGCAACCUUCAUUAAGAAAACUAUUGGCUUCCCCCCAACGUGAUUAUGUCAUUUCAAACAAAGGAGAUCGGGUACCUAUUUGUACUUUUGAAGAUAAAGUUGUAGCCUUAUAUUUCUAUACUGGUACAAAGUCUCCGGCGAAUCUUGAGUUAUUUGAAGAACUUAAGUUGGUUUAUAAAGAACUUGCACAAGUCAAGGAAAAUUUUGAGGUUGUGCUCAUUUAUGGCAGAGAGUUUGCAAACCUGUCUAAUUGGCCAAGUGAAGAAUUAUUUUGGGAGGAGUUUAAGACUAUGCCUUGGUUGGCGUUGCCGUUUGGAGACCCGAAUUGUAAAAGGUUGAAUCGGAUUUUUGAAAUUUCACGUAAUGAGCAAUUUGCAAAUGGUGGCCUUGUAAUUUUUGGGCCACAUGCAGAAUAUAUUGAACUAUUUGCCUCCGACAUCUUGCGCUUGUAUAAGAUUCCUGGAUAUCCAUUCACCCGUAAACGAGUUGCACAAUUGGAGACCGAAAAAGUAAAGGAACUAAAGUUGGAGAUGAUUUGUGAUCCAAAUACUGUUGUUAGAAUGAAAGAUAGGUCCCAGGUUCCUUUUAGUCAAGUUGCUGGGAAGAGAAUCAUACUUGUUCUGGAGUUCAAUGAAAGAAGUGGUGACAAGUCCCUAAAUGCCAAUUUUUUAAUGAUGUUAAAAAGGCUGUAUCGCAAGGCGAAGGGCACUGCUGAUAAAUUUGAAGUAAUCCGUGUGUUGAUAGGCAGGGAGGAAUCUUCCAUGAGUAACCAUAUCACUGGACGUAUGCCUUGGUUCGUAUCACAGGCAAGCGAGUGGACACUUGCCAAUUUGGGCUCCUUAAUCUGGCAUGACAAGCCUCUUGAUCAACUAUCCUAUUUUCCGGUAUUUGCCUUUGAUGAAGAUGGGAAACUUGUAAGGAAAACAAGGUAUCCUACAAUUGAGGAUACAUGUUUCCCGUUUUCUGGAUGUGGUUUAGAAGAGGAGGCCUUAUCUCAAUUAAAUACUUGCUUCGAGUGGAACUACUGGGACUACAAGGGAAGGAGUAUCUACUCACACAGCGACUACAAGAAAAGAGUUAACUUGUCAAACUUUCCAUUUGGCCGGCACUAUUGAUAUUCAAUUUGUAAUAUCUAUGUAUUGCUUGCACUUUAAAUUAAUAACAGUUUAAUCUGAGGUUUAACUCUACCAGUUUGGAAUGAAUGUUGACUUUUUUUUUUAA